AAACUUUACUGUCCAAGUUGUGCGCCCAUCGAACUAGACGAAUCGUGCAAUACAAAUACGAACAACACUUGCAUUUUCGGAAAGCUUAAUGAUUUCCUAAAGAACAAAGGUGUAAAGAUAUUCCACCAAAAUGUAAACGGCUUAGUUACGAAGAUCGAAAAACUGCGGCUAAUGCUCCAGGAAACAAGUAAACGUAUACAUAUUUUCGGCAUUACUGAAUCGCAUCUGAACAAAAACAUACAAGAUAGUGAGGUCGCUAUUAGCGGUUAUAAUUUUAUCAGGAAAGAUCGAAAGAAUGGUUGUGGUGGUGGG